AUGUCUGGGGUUGGAGGAUGGAGGGAAGGCAGCAGGUACAGGACAGCUACUUCAUCCAGAACCCCAUUUUCAUCUCGGGGUUACCUCUGGGAUGGCAGCAAUGCAACAGAGGAGGCUGAAAACCCUCAGAAGCUGACAAGAUCUGAAGAGGAACAAAGUGGCCAAACAUCAGUCUACCAACAACAGCAAGAGCAGUACGUCGGCCCUUAUGUCUUGAUAACGCCAAAUGAAACCAGAAGAAACCAAUUGCAGCAAAUCGCUAAGAAAGAGCUAAAUGAUCUGGAGCGGUGGAAGGAAGAACACAGGCCAGGGCCAAUUAAGUUGGUUCCACAGAGACUGGGUGGAAAGGAAUCAGAGGCUCAAGCAAGGCAAAAACAGCAAAUGAUGCUCAUGCAAUCUAAAUACCAACAAAAGCACAAGAGGGAAGAAUAUGUAAAAGCAAAAAAGGCAGCUGAAGAAGCUGAAAUCCAGAAAAAGAAAGCAAUUCAGAGAGAAAAGGCAGAGAGACUUGAAGUUAAAAAAAGGCAGCAAGAAAUGCAAAGAAGAGAGAUGUUCCAUGAGGAUCAAUAUUACAAAACCAAUGAAUUAUUGAACAGAUUGGACUUGGGUUUGCCAAAGAGUGAUUCCUGUCAGAUUGCUAAUCGUGGCCCGGAAUCUACAGCAUGGUCUAGGAGCCAUACUUAUAAGCAAGCUCUUCGAGAGGACAAAACCAGAAGAUUAGAGGAAAUGAAGCAAGAACAACGGAGGAAGGCUGAAUUAAUGGAAUUUAAACAAAAGCAGGAAGAGGAAGCCAGGACAAGAGCACAUCAAAACGAACAGAGGAGGGUAAAUAAUGCUUUCCUGGACCGACUCCAGAACAAAACACAACCUAAUAGCGUCUACCAACCCUCGUAUUCUGGGAGUCUGGACUACCUCAGUAACGGCGCCUGGGAGUCAAACUACUUGGAAUAA